UCUGCACCAACGACAUCAAACGCUAUCGUGUUUGACACGUACAGCGACUUUGCAAGGUACCUCCAACACAGGAAGUGCCCGAGUUGCAGUACCGGCUUCAUCAAGCGUAGUGAUGAUGUGGAUGCAAUAUUCAAAGUCUGGCUUAGCGGAGCGGCGAUCAAUUCGCAAGUCAAAUGCAGUCAAUGCUUGAAGUCCACGUGUAUCGCUUGUUUCGACAAAGCUGGCGCGCCAACAGAAAAACUCGUCAACAGCGGUAGGAACAAGGUAAGCUGGUGUUGUAGCCGCGGGCGGCUUUUCACCAUUUUCGUUAUGCUUUGCGGCUUCGACCAAAAAUACUGCAGUGAUAAGUAUAACGAAGCCUCUGCACACAACGGCAGCAAGUCCAACCGCCCCAUCAAUUCUGGAACCGGUGUCGGCUACGGGAGCGGAGGUUUUCUAGGGAUGUUUGGUCGUCCCCAAGGCCAGCAAAGUUACGCAGAAGAUGCCGGUAAGAAGACUGCAGAGACUGCAGAAAGGAGAUCAGAUCGAUUCGACCAGAUGAUCUUUUCUUUCCUAGCAGUCUUGUGUCCCUCACCAGGAAACGAUCAUAACGAUGACGGACCACUUGGCAGCUUCGAUAUUCAACCCCCAAAGGCUGUGGCCUCUAUGCUGGUGCAUAGUAAGAUUCUUGCCAAGGCUGCAGAGCUCUUGAGGAACGACAGCUUGGAAAAUGUGACACAAAGGUCGGAUCUGUACAUGGCAUUGAUUCGUUUUCUGAAACGAGUGGGAGUACACAGCAUCUCAAAGCAGGAAGUCAUGUACACCGAUCGCGUCGUGUUUCCGGAUACUGUCAAUCUUUUGACACUUGCUCUCAAAAGCACCACUGCUGGCACUGCUAGUACUGCAUCCCCAUUAGCAGAGUGUCUUCGGAAACUCAAUUUACAGAGCAGUAUGAUGAUCAGAAACGCACAGCGACUCAGAACGGAGUUUACGGACGUACGUGGUCAAGAUAUGUUGUGGCUGUGUCGAGAGAUCUCUGAUCUAUCAUCUCACCUGUGCAUCGAGCAAUGGUAUAUAUUGAUCAACGAAGCGCGAGCGUUGAGGCAAUCCCCUCCAGGGCGUAUCAGGCGCCUGAUAACGGAGAUUACUUCCCUCAAGACAGGACUGUCAUCGGGUAUCUAUGUAAAGCACGCCAUUUCCCGACCAGAUAUGAUGAAGAUCCUUAUUGUGGGCCCCGAAGGCACACCAUACGAGAAUGUAGUCUGUCUCUCGCUUCUGGGCACAUGGUUCAGCGGAGCCAAAGGAGAAGAAUGGCAGCCUGGAGUCUCUACGAUUUUACAAGUCCUUAUCAGUAUCCAAGCAAUGAUACUCUGCGAAGAUCCUGAAAACAACGAGCCAGGUUACGCGGCGCGUUAUGGACGCAGACUGGCAGGGCCGUCAGCUUACACAAUGUCUGCACGCAGCCUGACCGUCGUAUACGCCAUCAGAAAUUGGGCUAAUCAACCUCCAGCGCUGUGGAAGGAUAUUGCUGAGGCACAUUUCAAAAGAACAGCAAACAAGAUCUUGCAAACAGCGGAACGAUGGGCAAAGGAGAGCCGUCAGCCGAGC